AUACUUAAAAAAGAAAAAAGACAAAAUGAAUGAUAAUUAUUGUAACUAGCGACACCUGUCAACUGAAGUUUUUAUUAUAGUAAAUAAGCGUGCGUGAACUGUUGACACCGUAUGAAAACAAUGCUGAUUAGUUCAAUUUAAUUACGAUACAUUACUGAAAUGUCAGACGAAUCUGAAUACGACGUAGAACCGGAAGAAUUUAAUAUCUACAAACGAAAGUAUCAAUUACUACUAGAUAGAUGUGAAGUUCUGCAGCAGGAGAAUGAAAGGUUGGUUUAUCGAGUUCAAAGGGUAAGGAAACUUCUCAAACGCACAAGAAAGGAAAAAAAAUUUUUAAUUGAUCGUUUGGAUCAGCACGGUGAUCGCUGGCGUGAAGCACCUAUGGGAGUUCUCGAAGAAAAUAAUGUUUUUCAAGCUACGUCGAAGCAAGAGAAAGGCAGUAAGGCCUCUGGUCAUAAUUCUAAAGAUGAGAGAACAAAGAAAGGAACAAAAAGGAAAGGUGCGAAAACUGAUCCAAACGCGCCAAAGAGACCAGCGAACCCAUUUUUCCAAUUCUGUCAAGAACAAAGGCCUCGCGUGAUGGAACGCUUAGCUGGAGAACCUGAACCGAGCAAGCAAGAACUUACUAGGCAACUUGCGACCACUUGGAAAUCUCUAAGUUCGGAAGAUAAGAAAGUAUGUAUUAAAGAAACAGUUAUUUAUAUUUGUCCAUGUAUUACAGCUUUUUUUAAAAAAUUAACAUCGAAAUCUUUUCAGGUAUAUUAUGACAUGUACGAACGAUCCAAAGAGAAAUAUGUUGCCGAAAUGCAAAUUUAUAAUAAAAAGUCGGAAGACACACCAAAUCAAAUGUCUUUAAAUAUAACAUAGUAUUUGUAUUUAAGGUAAAUAUUAUUUGUAAAUACGUAAUUUAUAAUCAAAUAUUUGCACAUAUAUUAGUAUUUAUGUAUAGUAAAUUAAAAUAAAUUAUAAAUAAGAUGGAUCAAUUUGUGCUCGCGGGUAAAGGUAGACAUUUGUAUCGCCAAAUCAUAAAUUUUGUAUUAACAAACGGAAGACUAUGUAAAUACUGGUGUCUCUUUUGUAACAGUAAUAAAUUUAUGCUUUGAAAGAA